AUGGAAGCAUUGAUCAACUGCCGAGCUAACAAGUUUUCUUCACUUUUAUGUCUAAUUGCUUUGUCAUCAGGUAAACUUUUAACCGCUGGCAAAGAUGAUUCUAUUUUGUUAGAUAUGGUAAACAAAGUAUUUUGUCCUAUUCUAUUUUUCAAGCCCCAUCAAGAGUGGGGUAAUGCUGUUUGUGAUUAUAGAAAACAUGAGGAAAGUUGUGUUUUAGAUGAAAAAUUUAUGCUUUCAUUUAAUACAUUGCUUUCACGUUGCAACUCCAAAAGUAAUGUUAUUGAGGUUGAUUUAAAUAAUUCUUGUUUGAAACUACUUUCUGAUAACCGAAAAAAAUUAGUUCUAAUAAUUAAAACAAUAAUAUUUCUUGGUAGAAACGAUCUAGCGUUUCGUAGUUAUCGUGAUGAUAACAAAUAUUAUCCUGAUAUUGGGGAAUCUUCUACACAAAAAGUUCUAAAAAAUGCAACCUAUAUAUCAAAAACUACCCAAAACCAACUUAUUGAUUCUUGUGGGAAAGCAAUUGAGGAAGUUUUAAUAAAAAAUGUAAAGCAUUCAAUUUUUUAUUCAAUUCUUUGUGAUAAAGCAGUUGACUGUUCAAAUACUGAACAAAUGUCACUUGUUUUAAGAUAUGUAAAUUCAAAUAAUGAGAUUUGCGAGGAUUUCUUAAGACUUAUUGAUUGCAAGACUGGUACAUCUGGGCUCAGUCUAUCUCUAAAUGUACUUAAUGCACUUCAAGAGUUUGGACUUGAUAUUCAAAAUUGUAGAGGCCAAGGGUAUGACGAUGCGGGUUGUAUGGCUGGUGAAUAUAAAGCAGUUGUUUCUCGAAUAAAAGCUCUAAAUCAUAAAGCUAUAUUUGUUCAUUGUGCAAGCCAUAGACUUAGUAUAGUAGUAGCAGCUGCUUUCCAAGUUUAA